UGCACCUGAACCCCGUCCUCCUCCUGAACGUACACAUACACAUUAACCGCUUUAGCCCGUAGCUGGUCUUUGACCUGCCACCUUCCGCACUCUGCUCCUGGUCUGAAGGAGACGUCUGACGCUCCGUCAGCCCGGGUUUUAGUUCCUGGCGCUGUCACCCUCCUCUGCCUGUCAGCUGUGUGGGGCUACUGUAACUCCCACGACAACACCGCCAGGUAAACACCCAUGAAGACGCCGCGGUUGACCCCUGACCCAUGGAAGCCAGCUCAAUAACACACAGAGAACGCGUGGAGGUCGAGGCACCAUGGAUCUCUUGGCGCUUGCUCCAGUGGUAGCCCCACUCCACUGAUCUCUCCCAUUCCCCAUCUUUUCCUCCAUCUUCCCCCUCAAGCCUCCCCCUCUUCCUUUUAUUCUUUCUUUCUUACCCCUCACAACCACUCAGCCCUUCCUUACAUCAUGGCAGGGGAGAAAGGUCCCAACAAGCGGAGCGCCAUGGACAUCAAGCGCCUGGCGAGCCUCAUUCAGAGAGGGACGGGGCGCCUGCUGGUGAUCGACAGCAGGACCUUUUCUGAGUACAACGCGUCACACGUGCAAGGUGCGGUCAAUGUCUGCUACUCCAAGCUGGUGAAGAGGCGACUGCAGCAGGACAAGGUCUCUGUCACCGAGCUGCUGCAGCCCAACGGCAAACUGAAGGUGGAGCUGGGCAGGAAGCAGGAAGUUGUGGUUUACGACCAGAGUUCCAAAGAGGCAGGGCACCUGUCCAAAGACGGCUUUGUGCACAUCCUCAUGGGAAAGUUGGAGGGCACCUUCUACAAAGUCUCGCUUCUCACCGGAGGCUUCGCAGCUUUUUCCUCCUGUUUCCCCGGCCUGUGUGAGGGGAAGCCUGCCACUGCACUCCCAAUGAGCUUGUCCCAGCCCUGUUUACCUGUGGCAAAUGUAGGACCAACUCGCAUCCUGCCACACCUCUACCUGGGUUCACAGAAAGACGUUCUCAACAAGGAUCUGAUGUCUCAGAAUGGCAUCACUUAUGUCCUGAAUGCCAGCAACACCUGUCCCAAACCGGACUUCAUCAGUGAGAGCCAUUUCAUGCGCAUCCCAGUGAACGACAACUACUGCGAAAAACUGCUGCCCUGGCUGGACAAAACAAACGAGUUCAUAGACAAAGCUAAGGUGUCAAACUGCAGAGUGAUUGUACACUGCCUAGCUGGAAUUUCACGAUCAGCCACCAUCGCCAUUGCAUACAUCAUGAAGACAAUGGGCUUGUCAUCAGAUGACGCCUAUAGGUUUGUAAAGGACAGGAGGCCGUCCAUAUCCCCAAACUUUAACUUCCUGGGUCAGUUGCUGGAGUUUGAGAAGGGCCUGCAAUUACUACAAGCUUUAACCACAGAUGACAAGAAGUCUGAAAACAACUCCAAACAAAGCUCUGAGGUUAAUGGGGUCUCUGCUGGUUUUGAGAUCAACGGUCACCACAACAGCUGUGACUCAUCGGUGGCGGAUCCUCACACCCAGACUGAACCCAAGUUACCAUCUCCCACUUCCCUCCAGCAGGGCUUUAAUGGCCUGCACCUCUCGGCAGAGAGGAUUAUGGACACUAACCGUCUCAAACGCUCUUUCUCUCUGGACAUUAAGUCUGUCUACUCUCCCAGCAGUCCACAUUGCCCCAGCAUGGCACCCACUCAUUCUGAAGACAUCCCCAAACUGUGCAAGCUCGACAGCCCUGGAACCGGCACCUCCAACGGCGUCUGCUCCCAGUCACCCGUCCUGGACAGCCCCGGUUCUUUCGAUUCACCAUUCCCUUCACCGAGCAGCGGGGGUAGCAUUGGGGGUUUGGGUGGAAGUGAAGGAUUCCAUCGAUCUGGCACACCCUCAUCCAGAACCAGAAGAAAAACUAAGCACAGCUGUGGUAAUUCUCCAGUCCACUCCCAUCUGCAUCAUCCCCCCCAAUCCCUCAGCUUGUCGCUGGACCACAAGAGCCUCAGCCUGGAAGAAAACCUCAGGGGUUCCCCGCUCCUCUCACUACCCUCCCUGCCAUCUUUGGGUUCUGGGGCUAUGUGGACCAAACACAGAGACACUGUCCAGGCUACAACUCCCGUCACUCCAGUCACCCCAACCACGGACGCUCCCUGGCAUUUUGGAGCAGAAGAAGGUGGUAAGGGAGAAAUGGAGCUGGGAGGAGGAGAUGGAAGGGGAGAAGAAUCAUCGGUGCGAUUCGGUAGCAGCUCAGCUUAUGUGGCGUUUGGAUGUAGCGAAGGCGCCAGGUUACGGGACAAAUCCCAGAGGGAGAAGCCCUCAGGGUCUCAGACACAGAGGGACCACUGGGAUUCCACCUCCACCAGCUCAAGUAACAGUGUUCCUGCAUCAGAAAAACAGUUCAAGCGCCGCAGCUGUCAGAUGGAGUUCGAGGAGGGCAUCUCCGAGACAAGGUCCAGGGAAGAACUGGGGAAAAUCGGGAAGCAGUCAAGCUUCUCCGGAAGCAUGGAGAUCAUUGAAGUGUCCUGACAGAUAAUGGAGCUGGUGAAUGCUGUCCCCUGGAGGCAAAAAUGGACCUGUUUUAAAGGAGUGCCAGAAGAGGAAAAGUAAGGUGGAGCCAACAAAGUUUUUUUUUUUUUUUUUUCUUUUUUUUUUGCUCCCCUCCACAGACAGUGUUAAAGACUCUACUUGAGGGAAGGACAGAUACAAGCUGAGAGUUAAUGUGAACAGUUUGCAAACCUGGACUGACAGAGCCUCAGAUGUGAUGUGUUAGGUAGCCAUACUUAUUCUGAACUCUUAGAAAUUUGAGGAAAUCCUGGGGGAAGGGGAGAUAAAGCUGUGGCUGUUGGUACUGCAACUUUUUAUUUCUGUCAUAGGUUAAAAAAAAGAUACCACUCCAAGUAAGCAUCACGUUGCAUCCUGAUUAUACAAAAUUCCCUGAUGUUCAGACUCAUACUGUUUACCUGUGGUUAAAUGUAGUGUGGGCUUCAGUGGGUGUAUAGCUUGUGAUUUGAUCCGAGCCCCAUGUUUCGUCCCGAAGCUCCACCCCCUGUGUCCGAGAACCAUGCAUGGCUACAUCCGCCCCACCACCACCUUUCCUCUGUGGUCCGGCCCGCCCCAAAAUGCUGCAAAAGAACACCACCAACUGUAGUGAACUCCUUGAUAGUACUGUGUCCUCUUACUAUCACAGCACAAAGCAGAGAGGUCCAACAGACUUAACAUAAAGACGGUACUGCAUUCGAAUAACGAAGGAUCCUCUGUAUUUUGUUGAGGAAAAGACUUGUGACCAUGGACAGUGUGUCCCUCCAAAGCACAGUGCAUCCAUCCUGACUUUGGCUCCUUUUGUUUCAAAUGUUAACAGCAUGAUAAGACUGAGGUUUCCGGAUCCCGCCAGGCCUUUCCCCACUGAACCUAGCCACCAUGGCCAGAAGAGAGCAUGCACCUGAAAGGCUGACUACAGACAGACAAAUACUAUAUAUAUACAAUAUGAAUAUAUAUAGCAAUUUUAAUGAACUUCUGUUCAGUUAUAGUUUUAAUUUAUUGUACUGCUUCAUUCUGGUAAUGAGAAAUAAUAUAAUGUUUUGUGGAUUCUUUUUUUUCUUCUUUUUUUUCCUUUCAGUUGAAUUGUUAUUAUUAUUUGCUGUAUGGUAUUUAUGAACACACACUCAUUACAAAUACACACAUUCAACAAAAUUCAAGCAAGCAAUAUGUGCUGUUCCUUUUGUUUGAGAGAGUGACGUAUGACUUUGAGAUGCACUUUUCUGCUGAGUGAUCACCAUUCACAUCCUGACAACACGAUAUUCCAAAAGCCAAGUUUUUUGCUUCUGUUUUAUAAGACGAAAAGGCACAGAAGUCCCACUGAUGAGAUCUUUCACCGGACCUCCGUAUUGUGAGUUCAGGAGUUUGUCACAAACUGAGGGUCCAAUUAUGACUUAAAAGACUGUUUCACUCAGCUGCGCGCAGAUAAGAAAAAAAGGAGCCUCACAACUCGUUGAUUAUACUCUUAUUUAUGGGGAAACAAAUGAGCCUGUCUUACAGAUGUGGCUGUGAACAAGUAUUUGUCCCUCACUUGUUUGUUUUGUUUCUUUCUCUUUUUUUCCCCCUCACACUUAAGUGUUUCUGGUCAUCAAAAUAGUGAUUAUAUGUGGCAAAGAUAACCUCAGUAAAUACAAAAUCCAGUUUUUUAACAACAGAAAAAGCCAUUCAAUCAACCUUAUGUUUUAAAGAAAUACAAACCACCACACCCCCCAAAAAAUACAUGUUUAAAAAAAGAGAAAAGAAUUGCUCCCAAAUCCUAAUAACUGGUUGGACUACCAUCGACAAUCCUUUAGGAUUUUCUUACAUCCUUGACAAAAUUCAUGGUUCCAUUGGUUUCCUCAAGUCGUGCAAAGCAGCCUCAGACCAUCUCUCUAUCACACAGGUGUCAAACUGCAGUCCUCCAGGGCCACUGCCCUGCAACUUUUAGAAGUGCCUCUGCUGCACCACACCUGAAUAGAAUAAUUAGGUCAUUAUCAAGGCUCUGGAGGACUUGUCUACACAAGGAGGAGCUGAUUACACCAUUUAUUCCAGUGUUUUGUAUCUGUGGCACAUCUGAAAACUGCAGGACAGUGGAGCUUGAGGACUGGAGUUUGCAGCCUUUCUGCUUUUGUCUCUUCAGUCUCAGUAUAAGAACAGGCCUCUGUAAUAUUUAUGGUCAUCAGUUUUCACCAUGGAGCUUUCGCUGGAUGCCAAUUUCCCCACUCUAUUCCUUAUUUCUCAAUGACCUGAGCUUUAGAGGUUCUUCUGUGGUUAAUGAUCCAUAUUGAUCUUUGCUGGACUAGAAAAAUGUGGACAUGACCGUCCACCUGGUAGCGACAAGUGACUCAUGAUUUGACAGAAGGAUUGUGUUUUCUGUUUGGGCCAGGUGAGCACAGGCAGAUUUUUCCGCCUCAACAGAUAAAGUCAAAAUCGCAACCUGCUUUUUUUUUUUUUUUUUACUCUGGUUGUCUUUGUCUGCUAUAUGUUUCUUGAUACUAUAAAAUAUGUAAGUGUGAGGAGAAACGCGGAAACAAAAAUAAUGUGCGAGGAGCCAAUAGUUUUUCUCAUCAUAUGCUAACAGCAGUACGCUGUCACGGUUUUCAGACCUUCUCUGAGCCAGUGACGCUCGCAGCUGAACCUGUACAUCCGUGGCACACUGUACGCCCCUCUCACUUUCAGUAUAUCCACACAUGAAUCCACACAUGAAUCCCGACACGCACCCUUUCGUUCAUUCUCAGGGGAUCUUUUGGUGAGCCAGGCCCAACACAGGGUACACAGCUGCUGGUACAUCAGCACAAUGCAUGUCCAUGAAGCACCCUCUCUCUCUUCCUCUACUUUUUAUCUGUUUUUACAAUAAUUUUUAAAUUUCCAAAGCUUUGAUCACAAGAGCAUAACACAAUGAACAGGGGAAAAAAAAAAAAUCGGGCUCUUCAUAUUUUGAGGUAGAAGGAAAGGAAAUAAAUGAGCUCUCCUGGUGUGAGAAGGUUAUUUAUUUGUGAUGUAAAAUGUGUUUGAUAUUUUUCUUUUGACCCUGGAUUAGCUUUACUGUCUGGCAAUCUCUGACUUCUUGACCUUAUGCUGCUACAGCUACGAGUUCAGAUAAGUCAUGUGUUUCCUGAAGAACCUUUUUUCACCUUACUCCCCAUAUUUUUAAGAAUUGUUAUUUAUGCUAUGUAACAAGAAUGAUGCAGGCUGUCCCCUUUGCUACAUUAUUAUUAUUAUUAUUGUUAUUGUUAUUAUUAUUAUCAUUAUUGUUGUUGUACAUAGCAACGCAUCUAAGAACACUGAUAAAUUUAGACAAGUUUUUAAAAUAAAAUCCUGAUACCUUAGGCUGCUUGAUGCAAAAAUACCUCAGGUUCUAUUGAAAGGCUUUUCCUUCCCCUGUAUAUGUUUUGUGAAAAUGAGACAAAAAUACAGACAUGACAAAAUACA